UACCUGUGUCUAUAUAGCUCAGUCUCCAUCGGUCCUCUGCGCCAAGCUGCUUGUGUUUGUCUAGAGAAAGGUUUUUUCUGUCCUCGAAAACGUUCACAAAAACUAAAUAUUUGCAGCCCCCGUUGGAGUGCAAAUUGUGAACCAUGUCUGCAAAAGGAGCACGUGAAGAGUAUCUUCAUGACGUCCUCCACAGACACAAACAAUGGAUAGCUUCACGAGCAAGAUCAAACUUGGAAUUCCGGUCUGAACUAGACAUAGACAAGCACCCACUGACUAUCAGAAAUUCUGGCGUGGUCUGCACUAUUGGUCCAGCAUCCAGAUCUGUUGAGAUUGUUGCCCAGCUCAUUGAGAAUGGCAUGAACAUUGCCCGCCUAAAUUUUUCCCAUGGGACACAUGAGUAUCAUAGGGAAACAAUCAUGAAUAUCCGCCGGGCAGCUCUCCUUGAGUGGCCUCAUGCAGUGGGCAUUGCCCUAGAUACCAAGGGACCUGAGAUCAGGACAGGUCUUCUAAAGGCAGGAGAAAUCAAGUUAGAAAAAGGCCAGAAGCUAAAGGUUUCCACUGACAAAGCCUUGUAUGACCAAGGGAAUACUGAGUGCAUCUUUGUUGACUAUGAGAACAUUGUGAAGGUUGUUCAAAUCGGAGGGACUGUGUAUGUCGAUGAUGGCCUUAUUUCACUCAAGGUUUUGGAAAAGGGUGAUAACUUCUUAACAACUGAAGUCUUGAAUGAUGCAUUACUUGGAAGUAAGAAGGGUGUCAACCUGCCAAAUUGUGCUGUAGAUCUCCCAGCCGUCUCUGAACAAGACAAGAAGGACAUUGCAUUUGCUGUGGAAAUGGAAGUGGAUAUGAUCUUUGCAUCAUUUAUCCGCAAACCAGAGGAUAUUGCAGAAAUUCGUAAGUUGCUUGGAAAGCACGCCAAGAACAUAAAGAUUGUGGCCAAGAUUGAAAAUCACGAGGGCGUUCGAAGGUUCAACGAGAUCUUAGAGGUUGCUGAUGGCAUCAUGGUUGCCAGGGGAGACCUUGGAAUUGAGAUCCCUGCAGAAAAGGUUUUCCUGGCACAGAAGAUGAUGAUUGCUCGCUGUAACAUGAAGGGGGUACCUGUAAUCUGUGCCACACAGAUGCUGGAGAGCAUGGUUCAGAAUCCUCGCCCUACCCGUGCUGAGACGUCUGACGUGGCGAACGCUAUUCUAGAUGGUGCCGACUGCGUCAUGCUCUCAGGAGAGACUGCCAAAGGCCUAUAUCCCGUACAAGCUGUUGCCAUGAUGCACCGCAUUAGUCGAGAGGCUGAAGCGGCAAUCUUCCACAAGCAGUCAUUUGACGAACUGCGACACAACUUGGAGGGCUAUGCUGACACGCAUAUAUCCACAGCUAUAGCCGCUGUGGCAGCAUCCUUCACUGCAGGCGCUGAUGCUAUCAUUUGUCUGACACACACUGGAAGAACUGCUGCUGUAGUAGCGCGAUUCCGGCCUCGAUGCCCUAUCGUGGUGGUGACACGUGAUCCUAGAGUGGCGCGGCAGAUGCACUUAUGGAGGGGAUGUUUCCCGAUCGUCUACGACCAGGAACCGCUUGACAACGUUCUCGAGGAGCACGAUCAAAGGCUGGACUUCGCCUUGGGCAUGGGUAAGAAGAUGGGUUUCCUAACCAUCGGUAGCACCUUCGUUUUCGUGUCCGGAUGGAAGAGUGGUGCCGCCCACACCAACACCCUCCGCAUCCUGACUGUCACUCAAGAGAAGAUCCACAUCGCGCGCAGUUUGUCCGAGUCGGCAGACCCUACCGGCAAGACCCACAACGAAGAACAGGAAGAUAUUGAUGGUUAGGGCGUUAGGGCUGUGCUAGCGGCGCAGACUACAAGUUGAUCUGUACACAGUUAAUCUGUAAUGAGUUGAUCUGGACAUUGAUUUUUGGAAAAUAUACAUUGUUAUAUCACUCAUGAAUGUACAUAGUGGGUAUUCAGGGAAUGUUGGCUGGUUCAAGUAAUGUGUGAUUUUAUGACAAAAGAACUACCCCACCCCUUCCACCUUAAUAGAAACAGUGAAUGGCGCUUCUGGCUACAUGACCUUGAUACUUGUACAUGUGCUUUUGUGUGACAUGAAAUGUCAAGUUAUUCUAUAGAAAAGUUAACUCAAAUCGCUUCUAAUUGUAGCAACAGGUUUUCUACUUUUUUUAUUUCUUCUCCAAGAAAUCCCUUAACAAACUUCAAGAUGGCUGUCAUGGAAAAAAAACUUGUCUUAUCUCUAGUAAAAAGAAACCAUUUGUUGUAGUUAGUUGUGGGCAAAAUUAUAAAGAACGACUUACUAAGAAGGUGAUGAAUGAUACACACACAACACAACUGUAUGGUAGAAUUUCCCAAAGACCUUUUUUUUUAUAUUUGUGGUUUGAAAGGUUUUGGAACCCUAACUUCAUGUAAUCAUUUGAUAUUAUUUAUUUCAUUAGGAAAGUACGAUCAGCUGUUUUACUUGUAUUGGGCGUGACUUAGUUCAUGUUUGACACUCUGUACCUAAGCCAUUUUAAUACUAUGCUGUUUUGUACACGAAUACAGUAUACGUCCUUCAAAAA